AUGCUUGUGCGUGACUUUAUUGAUGACUCGCUUUACAACCCUCAAUACGGCUUUUAUUCGAAAAAUAACACGUCUGCUUUGUCCGAAUAUGAGGAAAUGGAACAAGAGGAAGAUCAAAUUCAAUACCUGAGACGAGUUGUCAAAUCGCGUGGACGUGUUCAUCAUCACCAUAUUCAUCAAUUGAGGUAUACUUUAACAGAACUGUUUAAGCCUUGGUAUGGUCAUGCUAUUGCAAAAUAUAUGGUGUCCGAGUAUAAAUUAAGUCUAUACCCGCACAAGGAUUUGAUCAUUUACGAAAUGGGAGGAGGCAACGGUAGAUUGAUGCCGCAUAUAUUGGACUACAUCAAACGUUAUGAGCCGUCUGUAUAUAAAAGAACGCAGUACAACAUGAUUGAAUUGUCAGAACGUGUCGUAUCACCGUCUUUUAUGGGAAAUAUGCCUCAACACGACUGCGUACAAGUACUCAAUGAGAACAUAUUUGAUUGGAACACACUGGUAUCUGAACAGUGUUUCUUUUUAGGCAUGGAAGUGAUUAACCACUUUGCUCAUGAUGUGAUACGGUAUGAUUUGGAUCAAUUAAAACCUCACCAAGGAUACGUGUGCGUGGAUGAAAAGAGAAACUACCAUGAAGUAUUUGAGCCCAUUGGUACAGAUUCAACUAUUUCACGUUAUUUAGCACUACGAAAAAAAAUUGGAUCCAAACCUCAUCAUACACAGCACAUGUUAUGGCACAAAAUACAACGAUUCUUUAAGCCAUCUUCUUCCAACCUGACACAGCCCGAAUAUAUUCCAACCAAAUUAUUUCAAUUUAUGGAGAUUUUAAACACUUAUUUUCCUCGACAUCGACUUGUACUGACGGAUUUCAAUUCGCUGUCGAAUACAGUGCCUGGAGUCAAUGCACCACUAGUACAGACAGCGUAUAAGGGGCUGAUGGUACCCUGCCCAACUUACUUAUUACCUCCAGGAUGGUAUGAUAUUGUGUUUCCAGUCAACUUUGAUAUGUUGAGAGAUAUGUAUCUUCUAACUUGUCGUGGAUCCACCGCUGGUAACGAAAAAAAUGCUAAGAUCGUCCAAUACAAUGAUUUCCUGGACCGUUACGGUGAUGUUGAAAAAUCAAGAACCAAAAAGGGGACUCCAUUAAGCCUUAUGCACCAAUCAAACGUCAAAGUUUUCUUGACGUAA